GCCCUGGGUCCAUUUUUUCUGUUCAUCGUGACCGGGGCGUGCUAACCAAGACACUUAAGUAAAUGCUUGCUCCCUAUCGUCGGCUCCCUCUAAGAUACGUUUAGCUCUUGCUCUCCUCUAUGUCUCUCUUGUGAUCGCUCCAUUUGCUACUCGACUUUCUGCCUAACCCGUUGAUUCCCCCCUCUGCUUAAUCCAAAAGAUGGCUCCCAGCGCCGUCCCUCCCCCGGCCGUCGAAGUCAAGGAAGUCAAGACUAUCCAGUCCAAGUCUCCCCCUCCUGAGAAGGACCUCGGUACCAAGAGGAAGAUUAUUUGCUUUUCUGGUAUGCUCCCGCGCAGUCCUCCAAGACCCCUCAUCCCUCCUCGUUCGUGCAAAACUAACGCCCUUCGUAUAGACUUCGAUGGUACCAUUUUCAUGCAAGACACCGGUCAUAUCCUCUUCAACAACUUCGGAUGCGGUUCGGAGCAGCGCGCACUGUACGAAAAGCAGAUAGCCAGCGGCGAGCGGGCCUUCCGCGAUGUAUCGGAGGAGAUGUGGGGUUCCCUCAACGUUCCGUUUGAUGAUGGCUUUGAAGUCAUGAAGGAAGCGUUGGUGAUCGACAAGGACUUCAAGGCGUUCCACAACUUCUGCCUGAACAACCGGAUUCCCUUCAACGUCAUCUCAGCCGGGCUCAGACCUGUACUGAAGAGGGUGCUUGACCACUUCAUCGGCGAGGAGGCAGCGGCGAACAUCGACAUUGUUGCCAACGACGCCGAAAUCUCGCCCGACGGCAGCACGUGGAAGCCGGUUUGGCGUCAUGACACGGAGCUGGGCCACGACAAGGCCCUCUCCAUCACGCAGUACCGCGAAAAGGCCCAGAUCAACGACGACGACGGCACGAUACCCAUGAUCAUCUUCAUCGGCGACGGCGUCUCGGACUUGCCAGCUGCGCGCCAGGCCGACGUGCUGUUCGCGCGUCGAGGUCUGAAGCUCGAGAACUACUGCAUCGAGAACAAAAUCUCGUAUAUUCCGUUUGACACGUUCGCCGAUGUGCAACGCGAGGUCAUCAAGAUCGCCGAGACGGACGAGCAGAAGACCAAGGGCGAGGGCCUGCCGUCCCGCUUCAACCCGCGCGCCAACAUGUGGCGCCGCAUCAGCAGCAGGAAGGCGGUGCCGACGGUUGCGUCCAUGACACCGCGCGACGAGAGGAUGUUUGUCUGGCCGGAGCACUUUUCUGAGGUUAAAGGUAACCAGGCGAAUGUGGAACCGGCGGGAGCUUGAUUGGAUGUUGUUAUGAUUGUUUGUUUGCUGUUUGGAUAUGGUUGGAAUACGGAUACCUGUGCACGCAUCGGCCGGCGUUUAAUGGAUAGUAUGAAGCUAGAACAAGAAUUAUUGACAGACAGGACGUUGUGACAGUUGACGGGUGUGAGCGGGUGCCGCGGGCGCGCGAUGACGUGCAGUAAGCCUGCGG